UCUUUCUGGAUUGCCUUUAUUUGUCGUGUGCAUCUUCAUUUGCGUAGGGAACUCCUUACAGUUGAAAACGUCUGACGGUGCAGAAGAACAGGAAGUCAUAGCUGUAAUUCAAAGCUGUGUGCUCCGCUCCAUAUUCUGCGCUUUUAGCUAGAAAAUACACCGUGAUAUUGGAGCGAAUAUCUCAAACCCUGGAGUAGAAAGAUGUACAAGGGACACGGCACAAGAGAAAGAGAUAGCUUUGCCAGGAAAUACCCCGCCAAAGUGCCGUCUAUAAUGUGUCUCGAUGUUUCAGGAGUCGUCCGAGGGUGGCAGCUCGGAAAGGCGCACACUCACUUUUUGCUGGCUGUAUGCGUACCUGCAGCCGUUCCGUUUUGCAUAUUCUCAUAGUCAACGAAUCAUCCUCUGUGCACACCAGCAAAAGUGAGCUUUCUCAUUGUCGCCGUCUGCCUGUUUUGGAAACGAGCGCGUUUCUCCCCUUGUGUUACUGUGGAGGAGGAAGGCCCGUGUUCGUAUCUCGUCGUGCUUGCUAGUCAGCACCCUUCGCUCUGCGCAAAGCGAGACAGUUGGCCUCCAACGGCAGACAGACAACAGAUGGCAAGACAGCCUUUACAGCAAUUCUGCAAUUUGCGUUCACUCUUUCACCAAAAAUCCUUCUGCCACUCUUCCCACUAGUGAACGGCGUUCUCGAUUCUGCCGGCGCGUGUGCCCUCCCUCUCUUUUGAGCAUUUGCACGCAACGAGUGAAAAUAGAUGUGGAGGGCGAAACCGUCUGCCCCAGUUCAGACAGUGAAACCUUUCCCUCCGUUUUCCUCUCCUACUCCCUCUUCUUCGCCUCCCUCUCCAACGAACCGUGCAACAUGGCGUCGUCUGCUGCAACGUCGUUGGCUCCGUCCUCGUCUGCUGCUGUUCCCGCGACAGCCAACAAGAAGAAUCCGGAACCAAAAACACCUCUCGAAAUCAUCAUGUAUUCCAAAGACCAGGCUUUCCGUGGAGGCAUUGCUGGCGCCUCGGCGCAGGUUGUCAAUGUCCUCGCCUUCAUGUGGCUCCGAACGACAAUGAACUACCAGUACCGUUACGGAGGAACAACUUUCGGAUCGAUCAAAAAGCUGUAUCGUGAAGGGGGCGUGAGGCGUUUCUACUGUGGGCUCCUUCCCGCGCUGAUGCAGUCCCCUCUCAGCCGCUUUGGAGACACUGCGGCAAAUGUCGGUGUUCUCGCUGCGCUCGACGCGAAUCCACGCACUCAAGACUUGCCGAUUGGCAUCAAAACAGCGCUCGCUUCUUGUGGAGCAGCAGGGUGGCGGUUUUUCCUCAUGCCCAUUGACGCGUGGAAAACAACGAAACAAGUUGAGGGCGGAGGUGGCCUCAAGGUUCUCAUCAACAAAGUGCGUACACACGGCGUCUCGAAGUUGUACCACGGGUCCCUGGCGGCCAUGGGUGCGACAUGGGUGGGGCAUUACCCCUGGUUCUUCACCCACAACUACCUGUCGGAGACGGUCCCCCAAUUCGAGUUCGCGUAUGGCAAGCAUGUUCGCUACGCACUCAUCGGCUUUGCGAGCAGCGUCGUCAGUGAUACAUGUUCAAACAGUAUCAGAGUGGUAAAGACGACGAAGCAAACCUCUGUGGUUCCCCUGACCUACCUGCAAACUCUGCGUGAAGUUCUAAGCAAGGAUGGAUUCACCGGUCUCUUCUUCCGCGGUCUAGGGACGCGAAUUCUCACCAACGGAUUGCAGGGAAUGGUGUUUUCGGUUGGUUGGAAGGCCAUCCAGGAUCAGCUCAACAAGAAGAACUAGAAGUUGCUGAGAAACGACGCCAAAAGCCACGGACUGUUCGUCCACUUCAAGGCAGGCAUGCCCGAUCCAGCGAGACGCUUGCAGCCACCAUAUUUGUUUACACUGUAUACCGUGUCUUGUUCAUAUAUAUAUAUAUAUAUAUAUGCAGAUGGGUGGUUGCCCGUGUAGACACAUUUUAUGAGUCUAAGCUCGGUGGCAUAUGUUGCCCCAAAGCAGCCAUGACGUUUUUGGGAGGAUCUUUCCCGCCCCGCUUCUGACUGUGGCGCAGUUCGCCGAAGAACUGAAAUCUCGAUGGAACACGAGGUGGAGCUGGGGUAUCUUGGUUGCAUGUUUUUCUGUUUCUAUCGUCUCUCUCAUUCGUUUUCUUGCUUUUUUCUGGGAUCACCUGACGGUUGCUCUAAACCUCAACUUUGUCCCGUUCGGCAUUCUUCCCGUUCUCUGCUCACUCCCUCUCCUUCCAG